CUUUUAUAAUCCUUCCACCAUCUCCCCUCUGAUGGCGUAACUAACUCCUCAAACCAUGACACCACUCGGUUUCUUCCAAUUCUUCAAGCGCAAGAAGAAAUGACCUGCUAUCCUUCUCCCACAUCAGUGCGAUAUUACAAUUGACCCAUGGAUUCCCUCUCCCUCACCUCCGCGCAGGUCCAGUUCAUGGACGACAGACUGGCCCUCGUCCAUAUCCCCCUGGACCUCUAUCCCUACUUCCUCCAGCCCAUCCUGCAGGUGCUCUUUCACGAUGUCUCCCCUGUCCAGGAUGAAUCGUCCCACCCCUUAAGGCCCCCAUGCUCCGUCAUGUGUCCCAGACAGCUGGCGGACCUGUACUUUGCUCCCUUGAUCCACCGCUUCGCUGGCACGGCGUCUUCGGACCGUCUGGCUAUCAGCCAGGAUGACUUUGUUGCCAUGCAGCGCGUGCUUGAAUUGACGAGUCCGUUGGCUAUGGCGGGAAUCUCCAUCUUCUUCAUCUCCACCUACUUUUCCGACUACAUCAUCGUUCCCCUCCGCAGCAAGCAACGGGUCAUCGACGCCCUAGGCAACCGCGGGUUCCAGUUCGAGAUGGACACCGAAGCCUUCGUCAACAUCAACCAAGGUUCAUUCAGCAGCCUCAGCCCUAUCUCCCCCCGCUCGCCCCCAGCCACUCCACCUCCAUCAUCCCUCAACGAGCUCCAAACCCGGACCUUCGCCUCCUUGCGCAAGAAUGCCAUCGUCCCGUUCGUCGACCGCUCCCUCCGUCUGGUCCAAUGCGCCGCCCACCAUCACUACUCCUCCGACGCCAGCUCCAUCUCCAUCCUACGCGAGGCCCUCACCGCCGCCCUAGUAGUCGACCAACCCCGCUUCCUCUCCCUGACCCUCACGGCCGCCGACCCCGCCGCCUCGCUCCUCCUCGAGAAGCGCCUCCUCCCGCGCUUCGCCUCGUCCGACCCCGACGACGACUCCAGCCUCCUCCUCGGCGCCAAAGAGGACAUCCUCGUCCCUGUAAUGCUAGACCUGCGCAAGCUUCCCCCGAAGCCACCGGCAUCCGCGGUUCCAAUUGAAUCCCCGGUCGACGAGCCCCACUUUUCCUUCUCCGGUGGUGGUCACUCGAUCCACCGCCUCCAGCCGGACCUUGACGCGUCCCUCGACGCCGUGGAGAUCAGUUUCCUGAGCACAGCCCGCGCUGGCACCAUCCUCGUCGGUGAGCACGAGCUCAACCGCGCUAUGGACGCGCUCGACACUGAGAACCACACGUCAUCGGACGAGCUUCAACCUAGUUCAUUAUCUUACGAUAUAUGAGUGCAUUAUAUAGCCUUACCCCCUCCCCUCUCUAUCAAGGGGGUAUGAGGCACUCUCUUAUAAUCUGACGUGACAUGACGUGACAUGACGACACAGCGGGUUCGCUUGGCUUGGAAAAGUUUGUUUGAUUUUCUUUAUUUACCUUUUUCUGGGAUUGAAAUUCAAUUUGCCUGUACUUUUAUAAAUUGAUGACGGGGGUAACAUGGGAAGAUGGCUCGUGGUGCUUGGGACCGUCCUAUCUAAUUUAUCUUUUGAUACUAUCACUAAAUUGGACUGAUAUGUGGACUUAAUACAACCGGUUUCAAUAGGUC